AUGACGAUCAGUGAUGAAACUGUCAUUACAAAUUCUGACAUAAUUGAAGAUGACAUCUUUCUAUCUCUUGCCAAAUACGAAGACAUCAUUGAUGGGACCUUAAAGACCCACUUCCUUAUCGAUGUCAUGGGAAAAAUUGUAAGCCUUGAACCAGUUCAAACAGUGCAAGUGAAAGGAGAAGACCGGAAGAAAGUUCAGUUUCGUUUGGUUGACUCAAGUGGUAAGGACAUUGCAUGUUGCUUGUGGGGAAAAUAUGCUGAGCAAUUGGAGAGUUAUGUUGAACGUGAACAACCACUGAUCUGUUUGAUCAGAUUCGCCAAAAUAAGUUUCUAUAGAGGUGAGGUGCAAAUAACAAAUGCAUUUGAUGCAUCCAUUGUUUAUCUUGAUCCAACAUUGAAAGAGGCAUUACAGUUCAAGGAAAAGCUGAUGGAAGACAAUCUCCCUCUUUCUCUUAUUGAGAAGAGAAAUGGUAAGAAAGAGGUUGUUUUACAAGAAGAGGACUGGAAUGAUCUUGAGAUCAAGACAAUAUCUGAACUCUUUCUUGCAAAUCAGGUGGAGAACUGUAAAAUCAUUUGUUCAAUAGAAGCUAUUGACACUGAUUGGUCGUGGUUCUAUUUUGGGCAUAAAGGUUGCAAACAUCGUGCUAUUAAAACUGGUAAGAUUGUGCCUGAAAGGUCAAACAAUGAUAACAAACAACUCUGGCAUUGUGGGAAAUGCCAAGCUAACAUCACUGAAGUGGUACCUGUAUUCAAGCUUCAUUUGAUUGUGAGGGAUGACACAGAAACAUGUAAGUUGAUGUUGCUUAACACUGUUGGUAUGACCAUUGUUGGACAUGAAGCUGUUGAUCUGUGGGAUGGCUCCUAUGAUGAGAUUGAAGAUCCAGACCAGCUACCAGAACCUAUCAGAGAUUUAGUUGGAAAAUCUUUUUGUUUUGGUAUUUCUGUAAGCUCUGACAAUGUGACCAAUGGGGCAGAAACAUUUAAAGUUCUUGAGGUCUGGUCUGGAAAUGAAAUUCUUCAAGUGGAAUCCCAAUCCGAGCCUAACUCAAUGAUUGGCACAUCAUCUUCUACCAUGUCUUCGUGUGAUGUGCUCUUGCUGGAAGAUGCAAGCCAUAAUGAAUCAGAAGAAUGCAAAACACCUUUCACAAAACGCAAAGAGGAAGAUGCUGAUCUUCCAGACAAAACAUCAACUUCUAAAAAGUUGUGCCGAGCCUCAAUUAAAGUGGAAAAGGAGAAGGAAGAAUAA